CUGCAACUAGCAUUCUUAGAGAAAUGAAGUUUCUUUUGAUUUUGUCUUUCGUAUUCGGCACCGCUUCAGCGGCUGCAAUUCUCGAGCAGAAGGUAGAUCAAACAAACGCGACCAUAAAUGGACGCAUAGUCAAUGGCGCCGAUGCCUGGGAUGGACUUUUCCCAUACCAAGCUGGUUUGACUUUAGAGAAGGAUGGCAAAUGGUUAUGGUGUGGCGGUUCUUUGAUUGGCUCCAAUUGGGUUAUAACUGCGGCUCAUUGCGUCAAGGGUGUUCAAGCUGUCACUGUCUACUUGGGUAGUGUGUCACGUGGUACUGGCCAAUAUUCCACCGUUGUUCAUCAGAAUGAUAUCCAUAUUCAUCCAGAAUACGGCACCUUGAAUGAUAUCGCUUUGGUUUGGAUCCACUCCGUCUCCUACUCUAACAACAUUCAACCCAUCAGACUUCCAUCUUUCAAUCACUACAGCAACUAUGAAGGUCAAUGGGCAACACUCUCUGGUUGGGUAAACGUAUAUGAUGGAUCCGGUCUCAACGGUCAUCUGAAAUAUGCAACUGUACCAAUUAUUUCAAAUCGCGAGUGCUCGUCAAUAUUCAACAUAAACGAUGGCAUCAUUUGCACCUCACCUGUUGAGGGAAGAUCAGCUUGUGGCGGAGAUUCCGGUGGUCCAUUGGCUGUGGACAAUAAUCAGGUGUUGGUUGGUGUCGUAAGCUUCGGUGGCGGCUGUCAUUCGACCGCACCAAAUGCAUUCGCCCGCGUUUCGCACUACUUAGGCUGGAUUCGUGACAUCACCGGUAUUGCUUAUUACUAGUUUAAUGAAGAAUUAAUA